GUGUUUACACACUGUACGCUUAUUGAAAAAGCAUCGAGUUUGUUGAUCCGGCUGCAAUUUUGUAGGCGUUGUUCAUUUAUUAUUAUUAUUAUUUAUUUUGUACGUGAUGGCCCCGCAGCCGGUGGUAACGGGACUAUCACCUAAGGAAGGUCCGCCUGGUACCCGCGUCAUCAUACGUGGCGAGUUUCUGGGGUGUCGUGCGCAGGAUCUCAUUGGUCUUAAAAUCUGUGGAUCCGACUGUCUGCUGUCGGCAGAGUGGAAAUCGCCUAAUAAAAUUAUUGCACGCACUGGCCCAGCCAAGGGAAAGGGUGAUAUUAUAGUCACUACCAUCAGCGGAGGCGUGGGCACAUCUACGGUUCAAUUCCGAGCAUACCAUGAAACGAUUGGACCCCUCAAGGAGUCGGCUGUGUGGAUAGAGGAAUCGCCAUCGCAAAACUUUGCCUGGGGUCGACGCACUCUUACCCAAUCGGGUCUGACCCAGGAAGAUCCUUUGGGACUCUCCAUUGAGGGGAAUGAACAAAAAAUUCCAGAAGACUUACGCGAUUUGUUUCCCGAUGCUUGUGGCGAUUUGUCUCAGGAAAAUUUCUCACCCGCUUGGUUUUUGCUCGAGAAUCACCUGGCCACUUCAUUUGAGGACCUAAAGGCGGGCCUGUCAUACCUAAAGCGUAAAGUCGAGAGCCAGAAAGAGGGACAACUCUCUUUUUUGAAAUCUAACGCGGGCUCGGUAAUCGAUCAGCUGGACACUCUAAUGAAUAUACGCGAUAAAUUCCAAGAGGAUGUCAAACUGUACGGCAAAGAACCUUUUCAAGUACUCGAGCAGUCCAUUGAGAACUCCAUCAGUGAAUCUCAAAAGAUUUUCAAUGAUGUGCUCGUGCGGAAGGAGAAGGCAGACUCCACACGGUCGGUACUCUUCGCUCUGUCGCGUCACAAGUUUCUGUUCUGUUUGCCCAACAGCGUGGAUCGGCGAGCCAAGGCUGGGGAAUAUGACAUUGUGGUCAAUGACUAUUCGCGUGCGAAGAAUCUGUUUGGGAAAACGGAACUGGCCAUCUUCCGUCAAGUGCUCGAGGAGGUGGAUCAGCGCAUUUUAUUGAUCCGUAGACAACUGCACGAGAAGGUGGUAAAGAUGCCGCAGAGUGUAGAGCAGCAAAAGAAGCUAAUCAAGGCGCUUACUAGCCUCGAAAUGCAGCAGAGCGGCACAGCGAUUGGCGACCGGUUGCGCAAUACGGAUCCCGCCUGGGAUGCCAUCGAGGCACGUGCCAAGUACUUGGAAUCCACAUUCCGUCAGACCUUCGACCAGUAUGCUACUAAAGAUGCAGCGACACAGGAGAAGGCCAAGAGCCGCGAUCCCAAUCAGCCGCCAAAUCGUGUGAACUUUUGCGAGGAACUCUGCGAUAUAGCCGCCUCCCAGCUACCCGAUCUGUGGCGCCUGGGCCAGCUGUAUUUCACAGGCGAAUUACGUGGACCGCAUGAUCCCAAGCCGGGCGACUUUAAGCGCAUGGUCUUAACUGCGAUCGAGAAGUUUUGUAUCUAUCUCCGCUUGACCAUUCUCAUUGCUGCAGAUCAGCGUGCUCUGCGGCAGUCGAGCGGCCUAUCCUGGCCAAUUGGCUCCUCAUCGGCUACGCACCAUUUCUUGCCAUGGAUUCCGCAAUGUUUGCGUUACACGCGCAUCGCUUAUGCCACGCUGAUUGGACUGGAUCUGCCCUCGGAUGCACUGGAUAUCAUACAGAAGCUCAUUGAUGAAGUGCGUCUGUUUUGCUUCUCCAUCAUAUUUAAACGAGCCACGGAUCGUUGCAAGAAGUUAGGCGCACAGGAAACAUGGGAAACAACUGUAGAGGAUUAUCCGGGUGCGACGCAACUGCCCGCUGCACUGGAAGCACUGUUAGUGGAAACUCUGGAAGAGGUGCAGACCGUAUGCAUGCAGCCAGAGGUGCGUGAGGGUAAUCUGCUCGAGCCCCAUUCGGAUGGACAGCGUGAAGUGACCCAACGUUUGCAAGAGCUGUUGUCCACUUUCAGCGGCGUUAUUGCCGAACUGGCGUAUCCCUCGCAUGACGAUGAGACGCCCACGCAUAAUGUAUCGCAGCUGCUGGGCUUUCCCAAUGCCCAGCAACCGGAGUCGGUGUCUGGUGGUGGCGGUGGUAGUGGUGGAGGCGCUGCUCUCAACUGGGAGCAACGCAUGCUCUGCUGCCUGGCCAACUACGCGUAUUGCAACAAGAGUUUCUUUGCGCACAUUGGCGACAUCUUUGUGCGCCAUGGCUAUCCACUGCCCACGCUGGCUAUUGAGACGGCUCGCUACAAUGCCAAUCAAUUGUUUACCAAUCUACUGGAGGAGUAUGUGGAGCAUAAGGGUGAUCCAUUGGUGGGCACCAUCGAACCGUCCAUGUACCUGGGUCGCUUUCAAUGGGAUCACGAGAUGGAAAUUGGCCUGGGCCAAUUGCGUCCGUAUGCGCACGAAUGCUUGGACAAUCUAGUAGGUGUCUACUCCGAGAUUUACAGCAUCUCGCCCGCGUUGCUGCGUCCUAUACUGGAGUCCAUUGUGCAGACUAUAUCGGAGGAGCUUGCUCGCCUGAUGAGUUGUGUCCAGCAUUUCAGCUACACGGGCGCCAUUCAGGCACAUGUGGAUAUACGACUGCUGCGCGAUGGCCUCGAGAACUAUGCCAAUGAGACCGCCAAAAACUACUUUAUGGAGGCCUUGGAGGCCAUUAGUCCGCCCCUCAAUGGCGAACAGAAACGCAAAGCGGAUGAGAUUUUGGAACGUGUCAAACGGAAUAUGCGCCUGCAAUUGCUUUGCUUUGCUGUCAAGGAGCCCUGAGCACAUUUCCUCUCCACAAUUUAGUUAUAUAUA